GUAGGCUCUCGUGUUUCCCUCUUCACUUCUCUCUUCUCCCUCAGGUAGGCACGUCAUCUCUCUCCUCUUCUCUCUCCCUCUCCCGCUCCGUCUCCCGCUCCCUCUCCCGUUUCCUCUCCCUCUCCCUCUCUCUCUUCCUCUCCCUCUUCCUCUCCCUUUUCUCUCCCUUCCUUUCCUCUUCCCUUCCCCCCUCCUCUCCUGCUCCGCUUCCCUUCCUCCCUCCGUUUCCCUCUUUUCCCUCUCUCCCUCUCGCCUCGCCCCACUCACCCGCUCUCAUCUUUUCCGCCAUCGUUCUCCUCCAUUUGUACUCCUCUCUCCCUUUCUCCCCUCUCUCCCUUUCUCCCCUCUCGCCCUCUCUCCCCUCUCUCCCUCUCUCCCCUCUCUCCCUCUCUUCCCUCUCUCCCUCUCUCUCUCCCUCUCUCCACUCUCUCCCUCUCUCCCCUUCCUCUCUCUGUCAUCAAUCAUCUCCACUCAACCCCCUCUCCCUUCACCCCCUGUCCUCCUCCUCGUGCCUGCAGACCUUCUUCCCUCCGCCCCCCAUCAUGCCACCCUUCCCCACGCACCACCUGCCACCACCCCCCUCAACGCCCUCAUCACCAGCUUCAGCAGCAGCAGCGGCAGCGGCAGCGGCAGGGAGCAGAGCAGCAGCAGCAGCGCGUGCAGCAGCAGACCCGCGCUCGCCCCUCUCCGUGCCGUUCCCUCCCUUCCCGUACUUCCCCUCCCACCUCUACCCUCCUCCCCCAUACCUUCCUGGUGGCUACAUGAGCAACUCAUACGAGGGGGAGCAAGAGGAGGACGAGGAGGAGGAGGAGGAGGAAGAGGGGAUGGAGGGGAACGAGGAGGGGGGAAGAGUAGCCGUGGAAAGGAAUGAGAAGGGAGACUGGUUUCACGCACCUCUGCUCCACUCUCCUCCCUCAUAUCCCUCUCAUAUCCUCUCCACCCCCCUUUGUAUUUCCCCGCAAUCCCCCACCAGCAGCGCACUACCCCCACCUGCCCCACCCGCCCAUGUGGCCUGCCCACGUGGGCCUCCCCCCCGCUGCUUUCUGGCCGCCCUUCCCCCCUCCUCCGUACCCUGCCUUCCCUCCCCCCGCCCCUUCUGCCACUCCUCUUCCCCACAUGCAUCCCCAUGCCGCACGCAUGCACCCCAUGCAUGCUGCACCGCCCAUGCACGCACACGCCAUGCCUACUCCUGCCAUGGCCCCCCACCCCGCCUUGCUGCCACCAGCCCCGCACCCUGCACAUUGCCACAUCCCUACACCCAUGGGUCCCACACACAUGCACACAGACCUGCACACGCCCACCCACAUGCGCAGCAGCAGCUUGAGCAGCGGGCGGGCUUCUGUGCGGCGUGA